UCUCUAAUCUACCAAAUAGGCGGAACUUGCUGGUGAUGGAAAGUCCAGUGACAAACGGGGUGUCAAUUAGUAGAGAACUUUCACCGGUGAGGAUCUCUACGCUGCACAAGAAGCUACAGAUGGAGUGGCGCCAGCAGACCAGUGUCAGCUGUGCAGACGCCUUCAGCGAGGCUCAACGCUGGAUAGAGGAAGUGACUGGAAAAUCUUUUGGUUGCAAUGACUUCCGUGCUGCUCUGGAGAAUGGAGUGCUACUUUGCGACCUGAUCAACCAAUUAAAACCUGGCAUAAUCAAGAGAGUAAACAGGCUUUCUACUCCCAUUGCUGGCCUGGAUAAUGUGAAUGUAUUCCUGAAAGCCUGUGGGAAACUCGGACUAAAUGAGUCACAGCUGUUUCACCCAGGAGACCUGCAGGACCUGUCCACUCGUGUGACACUCAGGCGAGAUGAAAGCAACAGACGACUCAAAAAUGUUCUGAUCACAAUCUACUGGUUGGGUCGCAAGGCUCAUUUAGACACAUUCUACAGUGGUCCUCAUCUUAACUUCAAGGCCUUUGAAGGGCUGUUAGGGUUGGCUUUAUCCAAGGCUCUAGAUGAGGGCAGUAAUGUGUUUGUGAAAGACGGCGGAUACAAAGAAUGCUGUUUCCCAGAGAGAGAGGAAAUUCGGCACAUGAGACCGAGCUAUAAGAGAGUGAACUCUGUGGACAGCAUCGACUCGCUGGACUCCCGGGCUCUCCGCCAAAACAGUGAAGGUUGUGGAAGUGACGCAGAAGCUGAGCAGGUGUUCAGGAUGGCGACAACGCGGCACUCAGCCCAGCAAACCAAAAGCUAUAUCCCAACACCACUCCUACGGAGAAAACAAGGACGAGAGGAGAAUGGAAGGGGCUGUGCUAGUCCCCUCGCCAGAGCAUCUCAAAUCCAGGUCAAACCUGGAAGAUCAGUUCAGGUCAACCCUGGCUGGAUUUGGAGUAAAUCCCUGAGUGACAUCCCGAUGGUAUACCCUGUGCGUAAAGUUCCUAGUGGGAAUACCAUUUUCGAUGUGGGCCAGGACACUGGCACGGCAAGGGAGUGGAAUAAAGAAAACAAACGGAGGAGCAGUGUCGCUGCCAAGGACAGCGAAGCUCAGUGGCAAGAUGACUUGACAAAGUGGAAGAAUCGUCGCAGGAGCACCAAGACUGAUCUUCGCAGGAAGUCGCAAGACCGAGAGCAUGUCAUUAACCAGAUGACCAAUGGGGCUGUGACUGACUUUAAGAAUGACACACAGGGUGGACGACUCAAGAGAGACCAGCAGUCCCCACGCAGGCAUAAUCUUGCCCCCCGUCCUUACUCCACCUCUCCUCCAUCAAAAUCAUCAAGCUCUGAUCUCCGACCACAUACUCGAGCUCUGCUGGCCCGCAGCUACGCCACAGAGGCACCCUUCAGCCCCACAGCUCCAAAUAGCCACCAUAACUCGGCCCACACGCAGGGAUCACCAGUUGAAGCAAUGCCUGCCUCUGAUGGAAACAUCUUGGGAGAGGAGACCCACCUCACCUCUUUGGCUUCAGAUGGAGCAGGAGUAACCACACCUUCUCUGGACUAUCCUUUCAGCUCCCAGACACAAGUCAAAGCCCAGGGCAGCCCAGCUCCAUUCCAGCUCACAUCUGAACCAGUUCAGCCAGAAAAUGGUUUCACUGUCCAAAUCUCCCCUGUGGUCACAACAAUACUGCCAAAUGACACCACAAAAUCAACCGGCAGCAGGGAUCCUACUGCAGCUCUGUCAAGUCACAAGGAACUUCCUCUCAGCAUGGAUCCACAGGUUCCCACUUUCGGCCCUGAUACAGUUAACCAGGCAGCUUUUGAUGCUCUGGAAGACUUGUCGUACCAGAAGUCAGAAGAAGAGAGCCAGAAGACAUCUUUGGAACCAGCUGCAGAGCAAGGCAGAGGUCAACAGGCUGCAAGCCUCUACACGUACUUGUCCAGGACUGGGUCGUGGUCCGGCUCAGCCAGCCUUCCCCGUGGUUACCGGAGGUCCGAAGGCUCAUCUCGUCUCUCCUCUGUUAUCACAGCCAGACCUUUUGGGACAAAGCAGUCCAGGGUGUCCUCACUGCCGAGACUCUGCAAUGUAGAUGAUAACCAGGGUGUGCUGUUGAAUAGUGAGAAAGAGAGAUCUCUUUCUCCACCCGGCGGAUCUUUGCUGAAAAGACAGAUUGCGACUGGCCAUCUGAGGGGUCAAUACCAGGCUUCAAUCAGACAGAAGAAAGCUAACCAAGCAAAGCAGAAUGGUAAACAACAGGCGGAAGAGGGAAAAGGUGCCAGUCUUUCCAGCCAGACCUCCUUCCAGACCAAUGGCUACUACCAUCAGCCCUACCAAACCCAGCUUCUGCCACAGCCUUAUUUAAACCCUCAGUCCCAACAAAACAAAACCUUGACUCUGACAUCUAGUGCCAGUAUAGACCUCCCAAAGGUGGAUCACAGUGACAUGAGAGUGAGUCUUAUUCUUAAACCCAACAGUAGACCAGACUUUGGUUUCCAGAUUCAUUGGGACUCCACUGGGGCUAGAGUCAAAUUCAUUCAACCUGGCAGCCUGGCGGAGCUUGGCCAGCUGUGUGUGGACGAUGAGAUCAUGGCUGUUGAUGGAGUCGCGGUGGCACACAUGAGCUACAACCAGUGGGAGGAUAAAAUGACAUCUGCCCUGCAAACUGGCAGUCUGACCAUGGACAUUCGACGCUACGGCAACAAGGAUUGGAGCACCAGUGAGGGGAGUCAUCACAACCAGCCAGGUCAGAGCAGGAUGACCCUCAAUCUGACUGCUGCGGCGCCCAUUCUGAUAGGUUAUCCUGAUCACCAUGCCAACAGUGCUGCCUCUGCAGAAACCACAGUGACAAAAUUGUCCAAAUUCAAUGGGCAGACAGACAAUGUUAUACAAGGUAAACUCAUGGAUGGUGAUUUUGCUGACAACUACAGCACAACCAUAAGUAAAGGAGGUUCAGAAUCUGCAAUAUCUGAUCUCCAGGUGCCAUCCCUCAGCCCCUCCUCAUCCAGCUGGUCGUGGGACCGUGAAGAGGAUCGCCGGCGUCAGGAGAAGUGGCAGGAAGAGCAGGAGCGCCUCCUACAGGAGCAAUAUCAGCGGGAUCAGGAGAGGCUGGAGGCAGAGUGGCGGAAGGCACAACAGGAUGCAAUGGAGGAGCAGUGCAGGAAACCAGGGAACACCUUUGAGAUGACCAAUGGUGGUGAGAGCCCUGCCAGACACCGCCACGUGAAUGGAUUGACAAACAAAACCAGAGAAGAAGAACAGAGACCUGAAAGAGAUGAGCUUAAAGAAGCACUGUCUAAAGCUCAAAGUAACACACAAAGAGUGCAGAAUGACAAAAUCACUCAACAAGACUGGGCUGAGGGCUCCUGCGGAUUUGCUCAGCUGUCUCCUGCACACAGGACAAAGUCCUUGUCUACGCCUGCAUUAGCUGGGCCCCACAAACAGCCAAGAGGUGAUCAGAGGAAAAGAAAAGGGCAAAGUGUGUCUAAAGUUGAGCAAGAAAGGCAGCAGAUUUUGGAAGAGAUGAAGAAGAGGACUCAGCUUCUGACUGACAACAGUUGGAUACGUCAGCGCAGCAGCAGUUUUUACAGGGAGCCAAUCUAUGUUGGGGUUCCCAUGAAGAGGUAUGAGUCUCUGGACAACCUCGAUAUGUUGCGUCAGUCCCCAAUCCCGACCGCUACAUUUAGUUACCCCCGUCCACACUCAGCUGCUGCAGGUUACUGCGCCCCGAGUAGGAACUCCUACUCCCGCUACAGCACUGGAGCAAUAUCAUCCCAGAGAAAUCCACCUGUGGACUCCUAUCAUGGCAGGAUGGUCAGUGGCAGGCGGACUUGCUGUGUGUGUGAGUGUGCCCUGGGUAGUGGGGCAGCCAUGGUCAUUGAGGCCCUUAGCCUCUGCUUCCACCUCACCUGUUUCCAGUGUGUGGGCUGCCAGCGACAUCUCGGAGGAACAGAGACUAGAGUCCAGGUUCGGAUUCAAAAUGGGAAGCCCUACUGUGAGCCCUGCUAUUUCCAACUCAAGUCCACUGAUGCGCCCUCCAUGUGACCAGAAUGCAGUUCUCCAUAUUACAGAGUAAGCAACUGAAUGGGAAUCACUGUUGGAUAAAACUCUAAUGAAAGCACAGUGGGCACAUCAUCCACACAGCCAAACCAUGACUUUUGUGUCCUAAUUGCUGGUAAAACUGGUCUCUGUGAUGUAAGCAAAGUAGAUUCUUACUGGCUAUUUUUAAUCAAACAUGGUACUUAGCUUGUCUGUCUUUUUUCCUGCUAAUUUAUUUCCAAGAAAGCUCUACUUAGAAAUAAAAUAAAUGACAUAAAGAAAUAAUGAGUUGUUAGGGUUUGAUUAAUGGAUUUAUUUUAAUGUUAGUGUUUCUGUUUGUUUAUAUGUGUGUCAUCUUUAUCUUUGCCCAUGAAUGCAUCACAGAUGUUGUCAGUUUUUUUUUUUUGUUUGUUUGUUUUUGUUUGUUUUUUGCCUAUUAAUGUAACUCAUGUAUGGAAGCACAUUUUAAUUUGUAUUGAUGCACUUUUCCUUCUGUUGUAAUCUCACCAAGUGCACUUUGGGAUAAAUCGGUUACAUAUUUCUCACAUAAAAUGGGCAUCUUAACUGAAAUGUUUUUCUGUAAAUAAAGUGCACUGAACCUAA